UCAUGUUUUGGUUCUCUUAGCGAGCUCGGGCUUUGGCUGCUUCUGGUCCAGUGUUCUCAGGAUUCACUCCCCAGUCCAUCCUGCGCAGCAGCCUGAGGCCCACACCUGUCGCCACCCCGUCUGCUUCUCCAGGACGCUCCAUCACACCCCCACUCCGCAGCAAAGAGAGUCGCAUCACCUUCAUUGAAGAGACAGAAUCUCCUGAACGGGAGAAGGGUAUCCGAUGGACCAAUGGGAUGGCAGCAGACAGUGAAAUUAGCUUGCUGACCAGAGGCUCCACACUAUCCAAGGCUACACAUAAGACCUGGUCCUCACAGCCCGCAGAGGAGGAAGAGAAUGGAGAUGAAGAAGGGGAGCAACCUCGUGUGAAGUUCUUGCCUCCAGAAGGUGGUAUUCCCUCCCCACAGCUGAGAUGCUUUCAGAGCGAGUCAACCUCCAUCCAUGAAGUCGCUGCAGAAACCAGACCAUCAGAUGCAACACAACCACAACUUAACCUGAGCUUUGACACCAGCCACACAUCUGUCCGUUCAACAGACACCACGCUAGAGUUUUAUGAUGCACCUCUUCCUGAUCUCUCAGAGAACCAGGAGGGAGAGGAGGGGCACACUGCUACAGAGAAAGAAGAGGAGGUAGUGACGCUGAACAUCAAAGACCUAGCUGAAAAUCAAGAACCAGAGGAAGAGCCCACGCCAACCACUGAGCUAACCCCUCCCCUGACAUCAGAGGCUGGAGAAAAGGAGGAAGAAGAGGAGGUGAAAGAAAAUGAAACAGCUAAGGACGUGAUGGAGAUUGCUCUUGAAGAGGACGCUAAAAACGAGGAAGAUGUUGAGUUCAAAGAGGAGGAUGAACAAGAUGUUGAGUCAACUCAUGAGCAUGAAGAUGCUGCAGCUCCUCAGCAAGAGGAGAUGUCUGCUCACAAUGAAGUUUGUAACCAGGUAACUGAGAGCAUGGACUCUAGUGCUGAAGUCGAAUCUGCGGAUCUACCAGUGGGAGAGGACGUCCAGACAGAACAGACAGAGGUCGCUGAAUCCACAGAGUUCACCGAGUAUCUGAAACCAUCUGAUGCCACCGAACCCACAAAUGACGCAGAAGAGGAGCUGGAGCAAUCAACAGAUCUGACGGAAUUUGUGCAGAGACAUCUCUUCGGCAGCGAUCUGUCUCCUCCGCUCACCCGCUCAGGAAUCCACGACGCAUCACAGACCCUGACAUCCUUUAACAGUGAGCUGCCAGGUGAGGCUGAAGAGGAGGUGCAGGCAGCUGUUGAAGCUCCACCGGUGUUCAUCAGCCAAAAAUCUACUGCCUCUGUGACAUCCUCUGAGCCAACUGGCACAGACUCCCACUCUGUUGUGAGUGUAAAUGAUAGUGAAGACCUUUCUAGUGCUCUGUCUGAGGAAGAAGAAGAAGAAGAAGAAGAAGAUGAUGAGGAGGAGUCUGAUCAAGCUGAGGAGGAGGAAGAGGAGGAGGAAGAAGGGGAUGAAGAGGAGGAGGAAGAAGACUCUGGUAGUGAGGUGGAGAUCAUUGAGGAGGUCCAGGGUAAUGGGAGACUACCACCCCUCCAACCCAGUUCAGUCUUCGUACAACAAGGACACACACACUUCCUGCCAGGUCUGUCAGAGCAAGAGGCUGCGGAGUUCUCUCUGAUCACACCUGGCACAGAGAUAAAGAUGGUAGAGGAGGACAUGGAAGGUGAGGUGGUGAUGGUGAGACUCGGGGCAGAUGAAGGUGGGAUGGAGGCAGAUGAGGAUGAGCAAGGAUCAUCAUACAUGGAGCUCAAACCCUCCACCACUCUCCUGGUACCCCUGGAGCUUGUGGAGGGGCAGGACAGCCUGAUCCAUCCACAGCUGGGUCUUCCAGAGCUUCAGCAAACAAUUGUGCCGGACGACCUGAGAUCUGAAUCUCAGAGCGGCUUCUCUCUGAUGCUGGAUUUGGACGAGGAAGGGGAUAAAGAAGCAGACAUGCUGCCCAUGGAGAACGAUCUGCAGUCCUCUGACCCUCCCACUCUGUUUCCAGCAGUGGAGGUUAUUGAUGAACUUAAGGCCAAACCUGAGGUUAUUGUUCUGGGCACAGAUGAUCAGGAUCCUCUUCUGUCUGAAGAAGUGUUAGAAGAGGACCACAGGGAAGAGAUGGACACCUUGGAUGGAAUUGAGUUAGAUGGACUGACAGAGUCAGAAAUUGUAAAACUGGGUGAAGAAGCUGAUGUACAAACUGAAAACACUGGGGAAAACCAUGAGACAGAGGAUACUGAGGAACAGAGCAAUGCAGAGUUAGUAAUGUUGGUUGAAGACCAUAAAGCUGAAGGUCCUUCAGCCGCUGAACCAAGUCCAGAGGAAGACGUCCCUGCAGUGACGUUGGUUGAAGAUCAUAAACCUGAAGUUCUUUCAGCCUCUGAACCAAGUCCUGAGGAAGACAUCCCUGCAGUGACGUUGGGUGAAGAUCAUGAACCUGAAGUUCUUUCAGCCUCUGCACCAAGCCCAGUGGAAGAACUCCUGGCAGCUGUUGAAGACAAAGACUCUACUGCAGAGAAAGAUGCUACUGAGGAGAAGAUGGGAGAGGACAAACCAGCACCUGCUGAGGACCAGGAAGAGCCUGAAGAGAAUGGACCUGUUGAUAUGGACAAGGACACAAUUCCCAGGACGGAGACAUCAACUAUUGAGGAGGAGAAGCAGCAGGACCACAAAGUGUUAUCAGAGACAGAAGAUAACAAGGAAGCCAUUAAUACAGAGACGGAAACAAAAAGGAGAACCAGGGGAAGACUGAGAAAAGAUAACGAUGUUAAGGAAGAGAAACCUAUGGAGCAGGUUUUGAGCUCAAAUACCCAACCAGAGGAACCAUCUGUGCCAGAGACCCCCACUUCUCGGAGGAAAAAGAAAGCUCCCUCCACCCCAACAAGGAGGACCACGAGAGGGAGGGCGGUUACCUUUAUCUCUCCCCUCCUGGAGGAAGUGGAGGAGCCAGAGGAGGAGGCAGAAACAAGCACUCUGGUGCCUGCCGCGCCACGUCGCACACCUCGAAAAGGUAAACAAACCAAAGACACUAAAGUCCGAGCUAGCACACCUCGAAGAAGUACUCGCAAUGCCCAGCCAGAGCCUCCGAGAGACGAGUUUGAAGAGGAGGACGCCAUGGAUAAUGAUACCACAGUUGCAACAACCUCAAAGGUCUCUUCUCCAGCCAGACGGCGGGUUUCCCAGAGGGCUACCUCAACAAGGACCAGCCAGAGGACCCAGAAAGAAAGUGAGGAGGUGUCUGAAGUCAAAGAUGAGGAAGAACAAGAGGAGGUCACAGAUAGAAAACUUUCUCGACGACGGACCUCCAAAACUUCAACACCGGCUAAACAAAGAACCACUCAGGGAAACACUCCAAGGAGGUCCAGCAGAAGGAUAUUGAAUAGCAGCGUGGUGGAGUCAACACCGUUAGAGAUCUUGAAAGAAGAGGAACAGCUGGAGGUCACUCCAUCCCCUGUCAGACGCAACCUCAGGAAGAGUAAAACCGAACUAUCAGAGACGCAGCCAGCCGUGCAGGAGGAGAAAGAGGAGGAGCGAAAGAAACCCUCUAGCCCUGGUAGGGCGACUCGACAGCCCAAUCGGAUCACCCUAAAUGUUUAUCCAGAAGUGAAACUGGUUCCUGUAUCAAUUCCUCAGAGUGCUAGGAAGACGAGAGGAGAGACAGUUACUGAAAAUAUAAAGAAGAGUGGAGUUCAACUUGAGCCUGAACUUAACAGCAACGCUGGUCACACCAACUCCCGUCGACCCACCAGAAGCAAACUCUGGGAUCACCCUGAGGAAGACCUUCCCUUACUGGACUCACCGUUGGAGGUGGAUUCUGAAACCCCUGUCGCGGACGCCCUCAUCAAGAGACUUCAGGAUGAAGAAGACAAGCCGGAUGGAGGAGUGGUCGUCACCAAGAUAGUAAGAACCAGCAAGAGGAGUACAAAGUCGUCAGUGGAGCAGGUUCACUCACUACUCUCUGUAAAAGACAGUCUGGUCCCUGAACCUGAGGAGGAGGAGUCUAGUCCAGGCGAGCAUUCAUUCAUCUACUCCCCCUCACGAAGAAGAACAAGAGCUUCAAGAGCAGAGUCUCCCGGCCCGAGUGAAGAGUCUGCAGCGCCUGUCACUCGCAGCAGGAGAAGAGUUGUCAAAGAUGCCUCUGUUGCUCCUCAUGAUGAAAUUGCUUCAGAAGAAGAUCAGGUUGAAGUGGAGAAAGCAGCAGGAGCUUCUAAGACCAGAAAAGCAGGCAGACCAACGGCCAAGUCCAAAGCAGCAUUGGAGCCGCCUCCCGUAGCAGAGGUGGACCUGAUCUCGCCUCUGCCCAGCCCAACUAGUCCAGUUCCACGAGCACUGAAGAGGAUUAUGGAGGGAGAGGCCCCGGCCCCGAGCAUGAAUCUGCGACGCAAACGCAUAAUGGACACCGUUUUCACAAAACCCGUCACACGGAGAAAGAAACUUUGAGGAGGUUGGUGGUGGGUUUAACCAGUGAACCUCAGACAGCCACCGGAAGAUCUGAACCAACUCAGUCAGGAGCUUUCAACCCAUCAUGGUUCCACUUCCUCCGAUGCCUCACAGGGCUGUGGCUGUCUUUGUGUAUUUACUUUCCUCUCGGACAAUAAAAUAAAAGCAAUUUAGGCAUGAAAAUAUAUUUUUGGGACAAAACACACUGGUGGAUAGCAGUGUGAGAGAGGCAUAUAUAUUUUUGGAGUUUACACGUCCCGCUCAUACUCACUUGAUCUUGUGUCUGUGGCCAUUUUGUGUUGGACGAUUUGCGACGCUCCCCGUAAUCUGCUUAGUUCUCUGGACACAGAAUGAAUGGCACAAGGGAAAGCAAUCAAUGUGGGCUUUUAGAAGCUCCCAUUAAUAAAACCAGAGAGACUGAACUGAACCUGCCUCAGAUGAAGAGGUUUUAUCACAUUCUCUUUUAUUUUAUUUUUUUGUUUUGUUUUUGUUGUUGUUUACUUUUAAGAUUUUCGAGGCCUGCUGUUUUUUCUUUUUAAGAAGAAAAGCAAACAUCCCAGUGGAGACAGAAUAUUUCUACUGAUAGAUUUGUAUAUAGUCUUUUGCUAUGUUCCAAAUAAAAUUAAUAAAUAAAUCGUAAAAGGAUUACGUUCAUUUUCAAGCUGAAUGCGUUUGAUCAUCUAAUCAGACUGCCUACGCCAUAGUCUUAACAUUUGGGGGAUUUUCUGUGAGAGGGGCAGACUUGUACACUAAUGCCAUCAGAUCUGGACUGUUUUUGUAUGUAAUGGGGAUGUUGUACAGUGUGAAAGAAACAAAAGACUUGCACAGCGGUUUGGAGUUGUUAAAAUAGUUUUGGGACAUGUUAAUAGGCUUGUUUAAUUAAAUUUAUGGCACCCACCAUCUGACACAUAGGCUAUUUUCUGAUGAAUGUAUGUAGAAUGUCUUAUUUUUGAUGACUGCUCUUUGAUAAAUACGGUUAAGCUUGAA